AUGUGGAUUCGAGGAGUUGUACAGCAUCCUCCACUGAAUCGGACAUCUCUAACUUAUGACGAGGCAACUGGGUGGAGGAUCUUUCAAAGCACUCAACUGAAGGCGAUGAUAUUGGCGAGGACAAUCGACGCCGGGGUGACAUUGUGGUUGGAGUGGGAGUUGUUGUGGGGGUAAUUGGAGUAGAGGAGGAGGUAUUAAGUGAAAGAUUUUGAGGUCUAGAAGAACUUGACGGACGAGAGGGUAUGUCUUCUUCGAAGGUUGUGGGACAAGGCGUUUCAUCGAUUUUCUCUGUCUUGAGUUCCAUAGAACUCGGAAGGGAACAAGCGGGUUUGAAUUGGUUCAGGGACUCAAUUGGUGAGGCGGGAGGCGGUGUGAUAGAGGACUUUUUAA